AUGUCUGGUAAGCGUUCCAUUUCCGAGGCGAGAGUCGACGCCCCCCCCCCCCCCCCCCCCCGACGACAUGCCACGAAGCCGUCCGAGCGCGGCGGAGGCGAACGGUGGCUUUUCGAGACGAACAAUGAACUGACGACGGCUGGGUCGACAGGUGAAGCGGAGCCUCGACGCUCUGUCCGGGCCACCAAAGGCCAGCACACAAAGUCGUUCGAGGACCUCGAGCUGGCGGCCCCGAAGCGCCGACAGACGAAGAAGUCGAAAAAGGCACAGGAGCAAGAGCUCGAGCAGUCCCAGGAGCAGGAGCUCGAGCAGUCCCAGGAGCCGGAGGAGGUGAUUCGCUGCGUCUGCGGCGCGACGGAGCAAGAUGAAGACUCUGGCGAGGCUUGGAUCUCGUGCGAGACGUGCUUCGCUUGGCAGCACAACGUCUGCGUCGGCGUGAGCUCGUUCGAGGACGAGAUUCCCGACAACUACUGGUGCGAGCGAUGCCGACCGCAAGAUCACGUCGAGCUUCUCGAGGCCAUAUCCAAGGGAGAGAGGCCGUGGGAGGGGCGGCGAAAGGCGCACGCGGAGGAGUCGGAACGCAAGAAGAGGAAGGGCGGGCGAAGGGCCAAGGGCAAGCGCAUGAGCGAUUCCAAGGAGGAGCUGGACGGCGAGACGACGACGGGGGGAAGCAAGGUCAAGGCGUCGCCAACGCCCGAAGCGGCACCGGCUUCGACGCCCAAGGACAAGAAGGAGCCGGCCCCGAAGCAGGUGAAGCGAAAAUCGCGCGACGACUCUCAGGAUGUCGAUGGCAAGUCGACGAAGCUGCGGCGCGUAUCCGAACACGAUGCCGUACCCGUUCCCGUUCCCGUUCCCGCUCCCGCUCCCGCUCCGACUCCCGUCCCUGCUCCAGUCAAGGCGCCGGUGCAAGUGCCGGCCGCCGCCCGAUUCCCUGCGAAGCACAUCCCCCCCGCGGACCUCGCGGCGACGAUCGCGGAGCUGCCCGGAGCGCGGGUCGGACCGGCCAAGGCGUUGAAAAAGUCGCUCUUGUUUGUCAUCGGAACGAUGGUCAAGAAGCAGGAGUUUGACAUUCCCGAGGACGCAUCCGAGGACAGCACGGCAGAAUCGUACGCGUUGCAGGUCGAACGCGCCGUCUUCGACACGCACCCGGUCGGCAGGGGUCUCAAGGAGUAUACGCAGCAGAUAAAGUCGCUCGCCUUCAACCUCAAGAACAACGCCGAGCUGUGCCACGGGCUGCUGGGGGGCAUCCACACGCCGGCGACGCUGGCCGUCAUGACGUCGGAGCAGAUGGCCUCGGCCGAGCUGCAGCGCCAGACGGCCGAGAUGAGGGCUCGAGCGGAGAAGCAGUCGAUCCUCUACACGCAAGAUUCGGGACCUAGGGUCCGUCGGACGCACAAGGGAGAGGAAGUCGUCGAGGACGAGAGCGCCGUCAACGACACGCCGAUGCCGACGGCGGCGGGACCUCGACGAAAGCCGUCCGACGGCGGCGCGAGCGAAGGACUCAACGCCGCGAAGCGUGCGUCGUUCGCCGUCGGUACGCCGGACCAUCCCCAGUCGCCAGGAGACCAUCGGCAAUCCCCGACCCAGUCCAACUUUGAUAUCAACAAAGUCUUCUCGACGGUGAAGACGCCGACGACGGCCCAGAUCCGGCGACCUUCUGGGCCGGCGCUGAAGACGAGCGGCCCCGGCAUUGACGCCGACGUCGACAGGAUGCUCGAGGACGAGAACGAAUCGCCGCCCUACUCGCCGACGGAGGAGGCGCACGACCCGGAUGUCGUCUGGCGGGGGUCCCUGGCCAUGAGCUCCGUCGCCGACUUCCAGGCGACGGCCAAGCACGUGGGUGGCGCCAACUUCGCCUCGGUCGGUCCCUGGACGAAGCUGAUCCCCAAGAGGAUGACGGUCGCCGGCCGGAUCCAGCAGCAGAGCGCCAUCGAGUACCUCUGCAGUCUGCGGUACAGCAACCUCACCGACAUCGUCGUCGUGAGCAUCACGCCCUCGUCGUCGGAUUCCCAGCCCGAGUUCGAGCGUCUCGUCGACUACUUCUCGAGCAAGAGCCGCUACGGCGUCGUCGGCGACAAGGUGGCCGGCAACGUCCGAGACACGUACCUCGUCCCCGUGCCGGCCGGCGAGGAUGGUCACCCCGAGUUCAUGUACAACCUCGUGGACAACUACAUCCCGAAGUCGCGGACGGAGCCGAUGCUGCUCGCCGUCUUCGUCUACCGCAACGACCCGGAGCAGCUCAAGCGACAGCAAGCGUCGGCGACGGCGCAGGCGUUGCAUGGCGCCGGCUCCUCGCCGGCGGGACAGGCGUCCGGACCGGCAGCGGCCCAGCGGACCAGCUCCAUGUCGGGUCCGGCCUUCUCGCCGGCGACGCCGCAGACGCCGGUGCCCAUCCCGCAGCCGCCUCACGCACGGCCGCAGCCGACACCGACAAGCCAACCGCCGGCUGCGGCGCCACCGAUGACGGAAGUUCAGAACUACCAGGCGCAGCAGGCAGGCCAGUCGGUUGCGCGCGAGGUGCUCGGUGCCUUCAUCAGCGCGCCUACAGUGCAAUUCCUCCUGCCGCAAGCAUUCCAGAUGUCUCGCACCGAGUGGGAGGUGAUCCGACGCAUCUACGAGAAAGAUCACCGGGCGCGCGAAGACUUGACCUACCUCGGUACUUUGCUGGAGAAGGAGGGCGCCGAGGGGAUGACGGACAGCAAGGCUGCUGCCGCCGGUGCUCCCAACGCAUGA